ACGAAAAUCGCCGACAAUAGUCAAUGGGUGCGUGUAUAUAAAUAGCAUUGUUCAUACAUCAUACCAGUUGAGGACCGCUCAGCAUGAAGAUGACGGCGUUGAGGAUUCUGAUAUCUUUAUUCCUGAUCUGCACGUUAACAAACAAAGGUCGGGCGGAAUACAAGCUGGUAUGUUACUACACCAACUGGUCCCAGUACAGAAACGGUGUCGGCAAAUUCUUCCCCAAGGACAUUGACCCUCAACUGUGCACACACAUCAUCUAUGCCUUCGGAAAAUUGGUGGGGAACAAGAUCACCAACUUUGAAUGGAACGACAACGACGAAUAUACCAACUUGUAUGCACAGGUGAAUGCUCAUAAGCAGCAAAAUCCUAAACUGAAAACAUUGCUGGCAAUGGGGGGAUGGACAGCCGGAAGUCUGAUUUACUCAAACAUGGCGUCUACAGCGGAAAAUCGGAAAGAGUUCAUCGAUUCUGCUAUUGCAUGGUUACGAAAAUACGACUUUGAUGGCCUCGAUAUGGAUUGGGAAUACCCAGCAAACCGGGAUGGAAAACCUUAUGAUAAAGCGAACUUUGGUUAUCUCUGCAAGGAGGCACGUGAAGCAUUUGACAACGAAGCUGCUACCACGGGAAGGGAGCGGUUAUUAUUUGCAGCCGCUGUUGGCGCGGGACGAAGUGUAGUGGACACUGCUUAUGACGUCCCAGUAAUGGCACAGUAAGUUUAAAGUUUUUUCCGUACUGACAUCCUUUGCUGGAGAGCACUUGUAAAACUUGGCAGAUUCGAAUCCAGCCUCGUACAAACUAACCAGGUGCUCUAUCAACAAAGGUAUCUGGAUAGCUGCGAUUGAACCCGGGUGACCGUUACAUUCCUCCCUCCUUAAAGGUUUUCGUCCAUGAAGACGUAUCCAUUUACCAGUCUCUCACCUGUCACUUCCAUGGGCUGGUCUAAGUUUCCAAAUGUCUAUUUUGUGAAUAUCUGUCCGGAGGGAGGAGUGUGGUGGUCAGUAGGAUUAGACCACCAGUGAGCAAAUAUCUCAUUAAUUUGUAAUAGAGCGCUUGACCAUAAAGUUAGAUGGUUAGUCGGGUAUGGUCGUCACUGAAUAGAUAUCUUAUUUGAUAGAACACAUUGAUUUGAGAUUCCGGGAACUCUUAUCCUAUAUAUCACACUUGCUUCUCUAACUAUUACGUUUUAGUAAAUACAGCCGUAAAGUAUAUUUUACUUGGUAAAUUGUCAUUUGAUUUUACUAUGGUAUACAGCCAAUGCAUUUGUCUAAUUGCACUAGUCUAUUGCAAUAUCCUACAAUUUACUCAAGUCUAGUGAAAAGUUGUUACAUUAUCGACUGUAUGUCCAGUAUGUAUGUCUUAAUUUUGUAUUCUUUCUAGGAUUGAUGAGAUUGCUCACUGUUUGUCAUAUUCACUUGUUCAUUAUCAUUACAUGUCUGAUCAUUUUUCUCUUAUGUCAGAUACUUGGACUUUAUUUGUAUAAUGAGUUACGACCUGCAUGGAUCUUGGGAGUCAUUCACUGGUCUACAUACUGGACUCUACGCCUCGAACAAUGAUUCGGACAAAACUUUGAAUGUUGUAAGUACCUAUCAAGGUAUGGUAAGGGUAUUUCUUUUUACUACUGCAAUCCUUUGAAACUACAAAGUACAGGUAAAACCCGUUUCGUGGCCUGUAUAUAAUAACUUCUCUAUCGCAUAAUUCUUGUCUUUUUGAUUAUGUUGUUGUCUUGGAAGUAAUGAGAAUCCGGAUGGUGUUUGUUCUUGUAUAUACCUUUACGACGCAUGCGUAUGCAAUAAUUCUAGACCAUUAGAUACAGGAUCUUGAGUAUGGGUAGUGACAAUUCUUAAAAUUAUUCAUCAACAUAUAAUGAUACAAAGAGGUACAGUAUUGUAUGUCAGAUGAAACUUUCAACAUCUUACAAAUUUCCUCCUGCUUGCCACAGCGAAUGACAUACAUUGGUAUAUUCAGUACACCACGAACGGCCUCAUAGUUAUAGACAAAAAGGUGUAAUCUCUUUUUCCGAUCACAAAUAAAUAAACGAUAAAAAUGAUAAAAAUCCCUUCCUGCUCAAAGGCCGUAAGCGCCGAGCAUAGGCCUACAUUUUGCAGCCCUUUACUGGCAAUGGUGACAUCUUCAUAUGAGUGAAAGAUUCUCGAGAGGGACGUUAAACAAUAUACAAUCAAUCACAUCCUUAACUUUUUUAUUUAUCAAAAAACACGACCGUGGAUUAAUCUACAUCUUGUAUCGUACUUUUCAGUAUGUGUUUUAAAACGCUGUCACAUUGUUUGCAUUAGUUUGUUUGAAAAUCGUAUAUUUCUAAAGGCAUCUGCAGCAGAAUACUGGCAUCAGAAAGGAGCACCUCGAGAGAAAUUGAUCAUUGGGCUGGGAACCUAUGGCAGAAGUUUCACCCUGUUGGACGCGUCUAACCACGGGGUCGGUGCUCCAGCAUCGGACGCUGGAGCAGCAGGGCCGUACACAGGAGAAAAGGGCUUUCUCUCUUAUUAUGAGGUGCUUACAUAUAUCACGAUCAUUUUAUUAUACAUGUAUAUCACGUAAAGCAACUAAUAAUCAUUUAGAUAUCUACCAAUUUAUCCUUGAUUUUGAAGUUAAGUGAAUACGCCAUUUAACGUUGAAAGUUCGAUAAAUUCUUUAUUCUUUAAACCCUAUAUAAUUAACAGUGAUCAUUAUGUACAUGUAUAUAUAUUCAUGCCUCUCUACAAAAAUGGAAUUAAUUAUAUUUACAAGACUGCUCCAUGCUCUGAUUUUGUUUCGUUGACUUCGAAACUUUGGUCUGCUGUUUUGCGAAAACGUUCUCAAGAAAGAGCAAGUAAACAAAGUCUAAAAUUCACCAACGAAGAAUGAAAAUCUAAGAUAACAUGCUACAAGAAGCUAAAUCAUCAAUAAUUGUUGUAAAUAUGCACGUAGAUUUGUGAGAUGCAGAAGAGUGGCCAAGGUACUACAUACAGAGACCCAGUAGCCAAAGUUCCGUAUUUUGUGAAUCCAAGUACGAAACUGUGGGUUGGUUUUGACGACAAGACCAGUAUCUAUACAAAGGUGAGAGGUCUGCCUUUUUAAAUCAAUACUAUUAUUGAAUUCAUCACAAGAAUUGCAAUACUCUUAAAUUUCUUUAAAUGAAAUGACAACUAUUAGAUCACAGAUCUCAUCGUCAAAGAUGGCUAUGGAGGAGCCAUGACAUGGGCCCUUCCGCUGGAUGACUUUAAAGGUACAAUCUGUGGGGAUGGAAAAUAUCCACUGAUUUCUUUGAUGAAGAAGACACUGGAAGCAGCUGGUGGAGGAGGACCUGUGAACCCACCAUCAACUAACCAACCUGUCACCAACGCCCCUACAACAGCUGGCCCUACUAAUGCCCCUUCCACAGCAGGCCCUACCGUGGCACCGACAAACGGUCCUGUUACCACCCAGUCACCAUUCGUAACCACCACAGGGGGAGGCGGAUCAGGUAUCUUCUACAUACAUUAAUUUUCUUACUUAUACGCGAUGAAAACAUAGAAGAUUCCUGAAAUUUGAAAUGCAGACAUUUAAAUAUUUCAUGUAUUAUAAGACCGAGGUGUAAUCAUUGUUUCUAUUAUUCCUUCUAUUUAUCCUUACUUAAGUAUGGUUCAUAUUUGCAUGAUAUUAUAUGGGAAUGUAUUUUGCCUGCAAUUUUGUAUUAUCUUCUCUUGGAUAUUAUAGUGGAUAUCAUUUGCGCAAGAAGUUCACAUGGAUUUGUGUUUCCCAAUGUGUAUGAUUGUACAAGUUUUUAUCAGUGUGUGUAUGGAAAGGCUGUUAAAAUGUCCUGUCAAUCCGGUCUUUACUUCAAUCCCACAACCGAGUCAUGUGACUGGCCCUCAAAUGUUAAAUGUAUCCAAAUCACGACGACCACGCCCACGACACCCACACCUGCCACAGGUAAAACAUGAUUUCAAUUGAUAUCAAACAAUGUGAGGAAAUAGUACAGAAUUCCACCAGUAAUAUGUAAACAAUGUGAGGAAAUAGUACAGAAUUCCACCAGUAAUAUGUAACAAUGUAAGGGAAUAGUACAGAAUUCCACCAGUAAUAUGUAACAAUGUCAGGGAAUAGUACAGAAUUCCACCAGUAAUAUGUAACAAUGUAAGGGAAUAGUACAGAAUUCCACCAGUAAUAUGUAACAAUGUCAGGGAAUAGUACAGAAUUCCACCAGUAAUAUAAAUACAGAAGUGAAUGUAAUCAUAUUUCAUUGCAAUACGUUACAAAUUUUGUUCUAGAGUUUUAUACACAGUAAAAGCGGUAUAUGUAACAAUGAAUAUUUAUGUAGUUUUGAGUAUACUGAUAUACUAAUAGAUGUAAUUGUUUUUGUAGCACUAACAAAAUCUCACAAAGUUUAAUAACUAGAUUAACAACAUAACAUCAAACUGACUUUCAUUAUAAAUAUUUGCAAUUUCA